AUGACAGAUAAAGAAGCAACUCUAAGGGAAAUAGGUAAAAAAGCCUUAGCAGAAACUGAAAAAUUAGCCACAAUUUAAAGAUUUGGAUUAUUUUCUUCUCCUGUUCCUCUUGGAAUGGGUGAUAAUAGUUAUGACAACAAACCAAGACGUUUUACAUUACAUUAUAUAAAUAGCCCCAAGAAAUGAUUAAGGCAAACCUAUUACUUCUCCUUCAAACAUUAAAAUUACUGCCCCUAAAUAGGGCAAAAUAAAGUCAUCAUAUUUUAGCCUGUUAGGGUUUACAACGAUAGGUGAUAAAUAUCUAGAUCCAGAAAGAAGAAUUAGAAUUCAAGAAUUAGAAGAAAAAAAGAAAUAUUCAUCUGAUGACAAAAAGAAUUUCGUUCCACCUUCAGGAUAUAAAGAGAUUAUAGGCAGUUCAUACUCCCAUAUGCCUGAUUAUGAAAUACCCAAAGGACCAAAUAAUCAUAAGGGACCUGAUAACAGAGUACAUAUUGGACCAAAAAAUAUUACAACUAAUCCUUCAAGCAAAGAUAUUGGUUAAUUUCCAAAGCAUGAAAAGGAUGAAUAUAAUAGAUAUUAAUAAUUUGAAAGGGAAAGAAUAUUUAAAGAAUAGAAAUUAUUAAAAGAUAAAUAACCCUUUAAAAGCACAAUUUAUACAACAGAUAACUUUAGUUCUGAUAAAUAGGUUUAUGGAGAAACAAACCUUCCUAAAGUAAGUGUUCUGUUAUUAACAAUUCCGAUAGCCAACAUAAGUCAAGGAAUUUAAACCAAAUAUUAUGAAACACGAAGCUCCAUUCAAACCAUCUAACCCUACUAAAAGUGGUGAAACUGGCUGUUUAGGCAAGUAUCCAGAGUAUAAAGGUGAUCCUCUUAAACCAACAUAAAGAAGAGAUUUUGUUAAAGGUAAAGAACCAUUUAAGUAAUGUCAAAAAUAAAUUAAGACCUAAUCAUUUAAUGGAUAUAGUGAGACCUACUCCAAGUAUCUCCUGUUUCCCAUAUAAUCUUAAAAGAGAACUUAAUAACCGCGUGUUUUGAGUUAAAUUAAAUAUUAACAAAAUAAACAUCCAAAUUAUACAGAAAAUUAUCAAGAUUCUUAAAAUUUACUUUUAAUCACAAUUCUUAAAUUCAUUAAUAAUUCUUUAAGUAAAAUUACAUUUAAAUCUAUUUGUAUUUAUUCAUCUAAAUUGUGA